ACAUCAGUGUUCAUACAUUAAAGAAAUCUGAGAAGCUGAAAUGAAGAAAUCACUUUAUUUUGAAAAGUUACUUUUUAAAAGCAGCUCUUAUUUUGAAAUAAAAAAAGGGAAGUCGUGUGUGGUAUUGCGGUGUUGUGGUGACUUGUUGAGCACUAAGUGUGAGCGGCUGGAGGGAGGAUUCAGGAAGAGGAGAGGAGAGAACAGGAGAAAAAGAGACACAAACUGGAGAAACCAGAGAAGAAGAAGAAAACAAAAUCAACAAGAAGAAGGAGAAGAAGAAGGAGAAGACAACAAGAAACCGAAAACAACAAGAAGAAAAGAAGAAGAGGAAAACUGUGGCUCUAAUCUGAGAAAAGCUGCUCUGCUGCAGCUGCCAAACAAACAGGAUCCAGGUGUUGUUCAGGCCACGCCCCUUCAGCAGGAUGAAUGGAAGUGGCUCAGCAGGAAAUCCCACCGCUGCCUCGUCUCGCUCACUUCCUGUCCACGCUAACGAGGAGAUGCUGCGACCAGCUGAGGAAGACCAGCAGAGCUCAGAGUCAGGCAGUCUGCCUGGGUCUCAGAAACACCAGAGUCCUGCAGAGACCCAACGGACUGAAGAGGAACCAGACCAGCUGGAUGUCACCGAACACACAAACCACCAGGACCCUCCGACAGAGAAACAGAGACCAGAAGACUCUCCUGUGGUACAAAAACCCUCUCCAGCUGAACCAGAACCUCUUGUUGUCAAACCGAAACCAGAUCAACCUUCUCCAACUGAACCAGACUCACCGAAACCAGAUCCUCUCUGUACAGAUCAAAAGAAACCAGGAGAUCCUCGUCGUCUGAGACAUGAACAAAACUCAGGUGACCCUCAGGAACACCAAACCCAGAACGGUCUUUGUCUCACAAACCCGAGAACUGAAGAAGCCCGGCCCCAGCCCACAAAGGACUUAACUGCUUUCAGUUCAUCAUUCGAUGAACAAAACCAGAAGGAGUCCAAAGACCAAGAUCCAGCUCCUCCUGGUCCUCCUGUAGACCAGCAGAACCACCUGUGUCCUCCGCAGGUUUUGUCUUACACUGGACAUCCGACUGAGGCGUCGACCCUGGCUCCGCCCCCGACCAUCGAGGCGUUCUGUGACCAGGUGCCGCUCUGCCCUCCGGAGCCCAAACUAUGUGGCUUCCUGCAGAAGCAGGGGGGGCCCCUGAGGGCCUGGAAGCAGCGCUGGUUCACCUACGAGGAGAAGAAGAACCAGCUGUUCUACUACCGGACGCCGCAGGAUGUCACGCCGCUCGGCCGGGUGGAGCUGAGCUGCGCCACCUUCACCUACCCCCUGAAGGCCGAGAGCGGCACCUUCCACAUCAAGACACCUGAACGCACCUUCAUACUCAAGGCUGUGACUCAGGAGCUGAUGCUCUAUUGGCUGCAGCAGCUGCAGGUGAAACGCUGGCAGCACAGACAGACGUCCACCUGUCCAGACCCAACAAACAACAACACAGACGACUUCCUGCCGGUGUUGAAGAGCCCUCUGGGUCUGGUGGGGGAGGAGGCGGCCAAUGUACCAUCACAACGAACGCCGCUUGCUAACAUGUCAAUCAAACAUCCGCUCAUCGAGCUCCAAAACUCUGUCCACAGUCUUCGGAAGAGGUCGUCUCAGGAGUGGAGUCAGAGCGUGUUUCGAGUAGAAGCUCCAUCGUGGAUUCACCCAAGCUCUGCAGACACCAGCGCUACCAUCCCUCCUGCCCCCAGGAAUCCUGCUGACCCUCCGACACCGUCCACUCCCCUCCCAUCAGCUGAUCCAGCGGGUCAGGUGUUCCCGGCGGAGGAGAGGAAGUCCCCAUCCCUGUUUGACAGCCGGAGCAGGAAGGCGAAGAGCCGCAGCUCCUCCACCCUGCCCGCCCUCCAACGAGACACGACCUCGUCCUCAGACCGGUCAUCCCGCCUCCAGCAGGAGAAACAUAUGCUGAUGGAGGAAGUCAAAGCUCAAAAGGAGCUGGUGUGGAUCCUCCACAAAGCCUUGGAGGCGGCUCAGCUGGAGAAACGGACAUGUGCAGAGUUUUUGGCGGAGAAGGGCGAGCAGGAGCGUCUGGAGCUGCUGCGACACCGCGAGCGGCAGGCGGCCGACCUGCGCGGCCGGCUGGAGGAGGCGAAGGCCGAGGCCGAGGUCAUGAGGAGGAGUCUGGCUCAGAGAGACGUACAGCUGGCCGAGCUGCAGGAGAACAUCAGGAUGCUGAUGGAGAAGAACGACGCCAAGCAGGAGGUGAUCAUCAAGCUGUCUGAUCAGGUGACCGCCUGUCUGUUCGACCCACGGAGCCUCGAAUCAUCCUCUGGUGGCGAUCUGGACUCUCAGACCUUCAGACCGCUUGAGCAGGAAAUCGAGAACCUGAAGGACGACAUUGAGGCGUAUAAGACCCAGAACAAGUUCUUGAACUCUGAGAUCUACCAGCUGACUAAACUGUGGAGGAACAGCUCCGAGCAGGAGAAGAGUCUGAUGGUGAAGUGUGCCUACCUGGAGGCCAGUAACUGUCAGGUGGAGAGCCGUUACCUGGGCGUCCUGCGCAAGCUGCAGGAGACCAAAUCUCUGGAUCCGGUCCAGCGUGGGGCCGUCCAGAAGAUGAUCGAGGACGCCCUGAAAGGAGAGUUCAAAAGCAUCAUCAAACUCAGCACGGCCUGGGAUCACGACGAGUACGGCUUUAAGAUCGUCCCGGACUACGAGGUGGAGGACAUGAAGCUGCUGGCAAAGAUCCAGGCUCUGGAGAUCCGCUCACACAACCUGCUGCACCAGGACGGGGUAGAGCGCCCCCUGCUGAGUCGCUGGGCUCAGUACCUCGCCGGCAGGUCGGACGACAACCUCUGUCCCUCCCCGGAGCUCAAAGGUCUGCUGCGUGGCGGCGUUCCUCAGGAGUACCGGCAGAGAAUGUGGCGCUGGAUGGUCCGAGCCAGAACCAGGACCAUCAGAGACCGCCACCCACAGCACUACCAACAGCUGUGUGAAAAGAGUCACACGUCUCCUCAUCCGGCCUCCAGGCAGAUCCAGCUGGACCUGCACCGCACCCUGACAACCAAUCAGCACUUCUCCUCACCCUCCAGCCCCGCCCUCCAGCAGCUCCGCCGCAUCCUAUUGGCCUUCUCCUGGCACAACCCUGCCAUCGGCUACUGCCAGGGACUCAACAGGUUGGCGGCCAUUGCUCUGCUGGUCCUCCAGAGUGAAGAAGACGCCUUCUAUUGUCUGGUGGCCGUGGUUGAAGCCAUCAUGCCUCAGGACUACUACACCAAGAACCUGGUGGCCUCUCAGGCGGACCAGCGGGUGCUGAAGGACUUCCUGGCGGAGAAGCUUCCCCGACUGGCGUCUCACUUUGAGGAUCACAGCAUCGACGUUUCUCUGAUCACCUUCAACUGGUUCCUGGUGGUUUUUGUGGAGAGUCUGCCCAGCGACAUCCUGCUGCCGCUGUGGGACGCCCUCCUGUACGAGGGCACCAAGGUGAUCUUCAGGUACGCUCUGGCUCUCUUCAAAUACAAAGAGGACAACAUCCUGAAGAUCCGUGACAGCGUGGAGAUCUACCAGUACCUGCGCUUCUUCACCAAGACCAUCUCUGACGGCAGGAAGCUGACCACCAUCGCCUUCAGUGACAUGAACCCGUUCCCCGGCCGCCUGCUGAGGAACCGGCGAGCGCUUCACCUGGAGCGCCUGCAGGGGGAGCUGCGAGAGCUGGAGGAGCAGCAGAGGGAGUUCAUGACGGAGAGCGCCGAGCGUAAAGACAAAGAGCUGGACACCAUGGUGAGCGAGGACGACGAGGAGCUGUGAUGUCACAGGAUCUUCUUCUGGUUUGGCGACAUGACGUCGUGGACUUUGGUUCAGUUUCAGUCUCGUCUUCAGUGACCUGUUCAGAAACUGAAGCUUCAGCUGUUUCAGGUCGUAAUCAACCACCUCCACCUGGUGUCAACUUUAACCCCUGUCUUCAGCAGCUGAGUACAUUUACUUAAGUACAUUUCUGAGGUACUUGUACUUCACUUGAGUAUUUCCAUUCCCUGCUACACAGCUGCAACAUUAAAGUGAUGAACAAACUAAUGCAUCAGUAAUUAUCAUCCAGUCAUAUAACACAUUACUCUGAAAUGGUCCAUUCUGCAUAAUGAGUACUUUGACUGUUGGUACUUUAUUUUGAAACUAUUACUUUUAUUAAGUAUUCAUGACUUUCUCUCGUAACAGUGUUUCUACUGUUACUGCAGUAAAUGAUCUGUAUCAGUACUCUGACCCCACUACCGCUGAACUUCCACACUACAUGUACCUGCUGCUGCAGGUCUGAACAACAAACAACAGAUGACAUCACUCAGGUGUUUUGUACCUGAGUGAAGUUUACCAGUGCCAGUUUGAACGUUGUAACUGUGUUCUUACAGAAAUAUGUUGAUAUUUUUCAUUCUGUUUACGUGUAUGAUGACGUUCUUCAACGUUCUUCAACGUUUUAGCGUUAAAGUUUUAUUUGUUAUUUAUUUGACCUGUUGGAUUAAAACAGCUUCGUGAGCUUAUUGUGUUGCACAGGAAGCAGUUCUCUCAGUGAACAGAGGUCAGAGGUCAAACUGAACAAGGAGUGAACUUUCUCUUCGUUAUCAGCAAAUUGUUGUUUAUUGAACACAAACAGCUGAUGGUACCACAUUCUUUUACUUAUGCUUUAUAGAUCAGUUAUGGAUCAUCAAUAAGAACCGGUUCUGUGUUGCCAGGUUGUGGUAAAUCCUCCUCCUGCAGAGAAUCUGUCUUUUUAUCAUUAAUUCAUUGGAGACGUCUCCCAACCAUCAAGUCAACAAAGGGUAAUGAAUUUCUCAAUUUGUAAUAAACGACCUAUAAAUGUUAAUUAAUAAUAAUCCAUAAGGUCUGUAGCUGUAAAUGUUAAUAAGCAGUUUAUGAAUGGAUCUGUGUCCAGAUGUCCUGCAACAGUUUGAGACGUCUCCUGAUAAAAAAAGAUAAACUGUCCUCAACCUGUUUUUCUUACAGCUGAUGAUCUGAAACCACUGUUAGCGCUGUUAGCUUCAUGCUAACUAGCACAUCUCAUCUGAGAUAAAAAGUUUCAUUCAACCUUCUGUCAGCUAAUGUUGUCAUUUCAUAAACAGGAGAUGCUAGAGGCCGCUAACUCAAAAUUACUGAGAUAAAAAACGCUAAUGCUAACAUAAGCUUAGCUGCUAACAUUGGCUAACAGAAGUGUUAACUUUCUGCCUUCAUAAGGUUCCAAAUAAAAACAACAGGUAGUAACUGAAUCACAGUUUUUAAUAAGAAUGAAGCUCAUGAAUAACUUCAACUGUUUAUUUUCGCAUGAUAACCACUGAACUGCUGGUUAAUGUUUUUGUAUUGUUGUUGUACACAUCUGUAUUUUUGUACAUAAAUAUUCUGUAAUUUAAACUUUUUGUGUUGGA